CCAACUCUUGCCUAGAAUGAAAUUCUUACGAACUUACCGUGAAGUAUCCCCACAUCAUCGCUCAAGCAAAUGGCCGUAGCAGUAUUGCAAGCUACUCGUACUUAUUAGAGCCUCCGAGGUCGUCUCCGAACUACGUAGUAAUUCCUCGCUCUAGUUCUGAUCUCCGUACUGUAGAUUCAUCACGGGUUGCCCAGAUCGGGAGAUACUUCGUUCGAUUUGUCAGCCCAUUCGUCCCCUAGCGGCCAUCCGAGACUGCAAGCUGAGCUGAGCCACCCGGCCGGCAAUGGCGGAAUCCGCGGUGGCCUCGGUGGUGCGAGCGUUCGGCACGCUGGCCGCCAAGGAGGCCGCCUUCCUCCGCGGCGUUAACGCCGACGCCGACCUCCUCAGGGCCGAGCUCCGCCGCAUGCAGUGCUUCCUUCGCGACGCCGACGCCAAGCGCCGCGCCGGGGGGCGCGACAGCGAGCGCCUCAAGAACUGGGUCGUGAACGUGCGCGAUGCGGCGUACGACGCGGGGAACGCGCUCGAGGAGGCCGACUUCCUCGCGCGCCACCGCCACAUGCGGCGCGGGUUCUUGGGCGCCCUACCAUGGCUCGCCAAUCUCGCCGCGCUUCACACGUUCGGCGUGAAGAUUAGGCGCGUCCGGGCCAGGAUCCGUCAGAUCUCCGACAGCGCCGUGGCCUACGGGAUCACGGACCUCGGGGAGGCCAGCGCCUUGGCUGAUGUCGAGGAGCAAGAGGUGACGCCUUAUGACCUCAGCUGGAACAGUGCAGACAGUGAUUUAUUUGUUGGGUUCCACGAGGAGAGGGAUGCUAUAUUCAAGGAGUUGUUGGAUCCUGAGAUUUCGCCGAUUUGCGUCGUCUCCAUAGUUGGGAUGGCUGGAUCGGGCAAGUCCACCCUCGCAAGGAAAGUUUACAACGACCCACGGGUUAAACAACACUUCCAUUCCUCGUGUUGGAUUUCAGUGUCCGAGAAGUACAGGUUUCUUGAUCUGAUCAAGGAUAUUGCUAGGAGUGUCCUGGGCAUUACAAGGAAAAAUGUAGUUACAGAGCACAAGGAUCAGGACGGAGAGGGAACAAGCAGUGAUGGUGGGGCAAUCAGUGGUGGCAAGUGGAAGCAAAUGACCAGUGAAAAAUUGGAAAGUAUGGGCGAGGAAGAUGUCAAGGAACUUCUGAGCGAUUUCCUGGCUCAAAGAAAAUUUCUUGUAGUAUUGGAUGAUGUUUGGAAGAGUAGUUCUUACGAUAAGAUAAGCAAGAUCCUCAGUGUCUUGCCGGAUGUGAACAAUGGUAGUAGGAUCAUUUUGACCACCCGAGAUAUGGAUGUCGCAAGGCAUGUCAACAGGAGAAGCAGCAUUCAUGAGAAGAAGCUUUUGGAUGAGAAGGAGAGCUGGGAGUUGCUUGAGAAGUGGUCCUUUCCGGAGUACCGAGAUGUAAGCAGUGCUGAUCGAUCACGGUUGAUGGAGAUAGGGAAGAAAUUGGCAGUGAAAUGCAAAGGGUUGCCGCUUGCUCUUGUGGUCUUGGGAGGUUAUCUUUCUAGGAACUUGGACUGUGACAUUUGGUCAGGAUUGGUUGGUAAUCUAGACUGGGGAGCUCGCAGGAAUGAUGAGCCAUUCUGGAAGAUCAUAGAUAGAAGUUACAAUGACCUCCCAAACCAUCAAUUGAAAUCAUGCUUUCUUUAUCUAGCCUCCUUUCCAGAAGACUAUGUCAUCCGUGUAGCAAGACUUUGCAAGUUGUUGAUUGCUGAAGGACUUAUUCCACAUCGGCAGAAUCGGACAUUGGAAGAUACAGCCAGAGAGUACAUAAAGGAGUUGGUACAGAGGUGUAUGCUCCAAGUCGUUGAAAGGAGCAAGUGGCAUGGCUCGAUAAAGAGUGUGGUUCUCCAUGACGUGAUUCGUGAAUGGGCUAUUGCAGAGGCAAGGAGGGAGGGGCUGUUCAACAUAUGGAGCAAUCCGACAGAUUGCGAUCAGGCACUCUCUGAUUCAGUAACGGCUUACCGAGUUGCUCUCCAUAACUUUGCUGGACGUACUGAGAUUAAUGUGGCCAUGCCCAAGUUGCGGACCUUGUUGGUGUUUUUCAAGUUACCGGCAGUAUCUGUACUGUGCAGGCUGAAAUUUCUCAGAGUGCUUGAUCUUCACGGCCUAACAGGUAUCAAGUUAUUACCAUCUGGCGUUGGCAUCUUGAUACAUCUAAGAUAUUUUGGAUUGAAAAAAUGUGGAUACAGAUCGGUUGGCGUUCCUUCCUCAGCUAGCGAUCUCUUAAACUUGCAAGCCUUUGAUGCAAGAGGGUCCAGAAUAAGAUCACUGCCACGGUUCUUUUGGGAUAUUCCAACCAUGAGGCACCUGUAUCUUGGUGAGGUCAGGCGCUGGGUUCCUCCGGAGGUUGGAUGGCUUGGCUCGUUGCAGAGUUUCUACUUCUGUGAAAAAACACAGAUGCGUGCUGUGAGCGGGCAUAUGACAGUCAAGCAACGACGAUUGGCUGAAAAUGGAAACAAACACAUUGCUCGCAGAAACGUGAAAAAAUGGGCAGCCUUAUUCAGAGCUUUGGAGGGAAUGGAGCAGCUCGUGUUCUUACACUUGGAGAGUUGGAGAACACAAAGGCGCACCAAAUGGCGAGGGCGGGUCUUCUCCACACAACUCUUCGGCAGCAUUUCGCGCCAUAGGCAUCUUCAAGUGCUAGAGCUCGCCGGAGACUGGCUGUGCGGGGUUGGCCAGCUAAGCAAGCUCCCUCAUUGCCUCAAGAAGCUCAAGCUGAUAGCGUCUGAAGAACUGAGUAAAGACCCGAUGCCUGUGCUGGGCAUCCAUCCGAAUCUGGUGGUGCUUGUCUUGGAGAGCGCUUUCAAAGGGAACGGCAUGAUAUGCCAUGCAGAAGGAUUUCCUAGACUGCGCCACCUGACAUUUGAACACGUCGGGCGUCUCGGGUCUUGGAAUGUCGAAGCUGGGAAAUUUCCUUCACUAACCCAUCUGAACCUUAGUGUAUCGAGCUUCCCCGUUGUCCCUCCUCUUGGCCUGUUUCAUGUGACUUCGCUGCAGACGUUGCUGUUGAAACAGCACCCUAUGGACGAGAGCAGUAUUUGCUUAAGUACUGUUGGCAAACUAGAGGAGAGGGGGUGCGAGGUCAUCAUCAAACGGUUGGGUUAAUCAUGCCAAACUAUCCUUGUCAAAGUACUGGGUUAGGGAACUUCAGUGUACUCUUUUCUUUUCCUCCCAUGAUGACUCCUUUGAUUCCUUUGCAAAAGAUCAGCUAGUUUGUAAUGGUCUCAUCCUUUCUUACCGGGCUUCCUCAUCUUUGUUGACCCAGCAUUUGGAUAACUUAACCUUGUUUUAUUUUCACUCAUUUUGUAAUGUUAGACCUACUACCUGGCAGUGGCACACAAGAUUUUCAGAUCUUUGUUAUGAAAUGCAAGUGUACGGCAUUCCAUACUUCUUUCAGUAGUGCAGCAGCAUAGCCAAAUAUCGUUCUUGCUUGUGUCUUGCGAUUCCAGAUGUGCAGCAAAUACAUGGAUGCAUAGUUGUUGCUCUGGCUUAGCUGCCCGAGAAACAUCUGUUACAUGCUUUCUCCCAAGUCCCAAUGGCAUGUUUUGUCUGUGCAGCUGAUGUGCAGUAGAAACAAUUGUGUUCAGUGAAUGUUGUU